GCAGCAGCAGCAGCAGCAGCAUCACCAGUUUCGCCUUAGCAACGAGAGGGUUGACCCGCGGGGAUUGACAGGGCGCGUCCACCAAUGGCGUUCGUUCAUUCGGUCAGUUGCCCCAUGCACGGACCAAUAGGAACCGCCGUAUUGUUCCUGGCUCUCGGGGUGAAAGUUGACUGGAACAUGUGAUAAGACAUGGCUGCGCCCUGCUUGCAUUGAGGACCGUGACUGUUGAACUGGGGGUGGAAAUAAUUUAGCGCUUAUUUAAAAGCUCACUCGUAUAUCAUCAUGACAGACAACGGGGCGUUUGUGAAAGAAACAGGCCAAGGCCAGACAGUAUCCAGGGCGAAGAAAACUGAAAUUAUGAAUAAGAAGUUUGAAAGGCUUUCUGAUAUAGACAAAAAACUCUUUUCAUACGGCCCUAUAUAUUUGUCUGGCAACGCUGGGUUUGCUGGCUUGAUUGCCAACAGCUUUUACAGACGUGUACUAAAUGUCACCCAAGGACGAUUUACUUCCAGUCUCCCCAUGGCUGUCCUUCCCUUUCUGACAACUGCAGCACUGUACACUGCGACCGUCACAAACCCCUUAAUGUCAGGUGAUCUAACCUGCCCAACCUGUACCCUGAUUAGAGGUGCUUUGGUUGGUGUGGUCGGUGGUGGCAUAUAUCCCAUUUUGUUGGCCUUACCUGUCAAUGCUGGUCUUGCAGCCAGGUAUAACAGUGCACCAAUGCCAGAGAAGGGAAACGUGAUACGCUUCUGGAUGAACCUUAGCAAACCCGUUGUACAGAAGAUGUAUGUUGUUUUACUGCUGCAGGGCUUGUUUGGAACCUACUUGAGCUCUAAGCAGUUUGACAUCUACCUAAAAAUGCUGAAAAUAUCAGAUUAUGACAGCAAAGAGCUUCAUGGUUAGUUAUUUUUAAUGAUGAUAUUGUAAAUCUUGUUAAAACUCAUCCAG